GGAACACAGAGAAAUAUGACCGAACUUCCUUCCGGGCUGCAGAAAACACGAUGAAGCACAAAAAAGGUACACUUCCGCAGACCCGCCCGUGCGGAUAACGAGCGGAUCGCGGAGCGGAGCGCUGAUCUUGCCAUCAUGCCCCGGGCGCUGCUUUUGCCUGAGAUAGCCGGUCUCGCUCUAGAUCGCCAUCCCCUAGUCAAUGACAUCCAUGAUGAAUAGACAUCCCAAACACUCUCCGAGCAAUUCUCUCCCCAUGGACGUGUACAACAUCCCAUAAUCCAACUCAAAGACAAUCAGCAGUGCUCUAAUCAUCUACAACACCAUCCAAGAUGUCCAACGGCCAACCCCACGACUUAGAAUGCCUCACUAUCGACCAACUGGAAAAGAUUGCCGCGGACCGCAUGGACAAGCAAACACGCGACUACUACAACGAAGGCGCGGACUCCGGCACCACACUCGCUGAAAACAAGCUGGCAUACCAGAAGUACCGCAUCCGGCCGCGCGUCCUGCGAGAUGUGUCUAAGAUCGAUACCAGCGUCGACAUCUUCGGGUUCAAGAAUACCAUCCCGAUGGGCGUCGCGCCGACAGCUAUGCAGCGGCUCGCGCACCAGGACGGAGAGCUCGCGACUGCGCGCGCGUGCAGGAAGGCCGGUAUCGUUAUGGGACUAAGCAGUUUUAGCACGACGAGUUUGGAGGAUGUUAAGGGUGCGCUGGGAGAGGAGCAUCCUGGGCUAUUGCAAUUGUAUCUUUUUGAGGAUCGGGAAGAAAGUAAGAAUUUGAUUGCGCGGGCGAAGAAAGCUGGGUACAAAGCUGUGGCUUUGACGGUCGACACGCCGAUGCUAGGGCGGAGGAAUCUCGAGAUUAAGAACCAAUUCAAGCUUCCGCGGCACUUGAAGUCUGCGAAUUUCGAUCGUGAGGGCAAUAACCAUAGCACCACGUCUGAGGAGAAGGAAGCUGAGGCGAACGAGACGCGCAAGCGGACGCAAGAGCAGCAGGCUAGCCGCGCAGGCUAUCACGAUGGCUCGCAGUGGGUUUCUCCGACUGGACGUAUUACCUUCCACUCGCACGCCCCGAAUCCGACACUCAACUGGGAGCGAGAUAUUGACUGGCUGAAGCAGCAGUGCCACCCGGAAAUGGAGGUGUGGGUAAAGGGCAUCGCUACGGGCGAAGAUGCGAUUCUUGCAUGCCACCACGGCGUCGACGGCAUCAUUGUGUCAAACCACGGAGGCAGGCAGCUAAACGGGGCGCUGGCUACACUCGAUGCGCUUCCAGAAGUCGUUGACGCUGUAAAGUCAAUGAAUCGCAAGAUGCCAGUGCACGUUGAUGGUGGCAUUCGCCACGGCACGGAUGUCUUCAAGGCGCUGGCCCUUGGCGCGGACUUUGUCUGGAUAGGGCGGCCGGUGCUGUGGGGUCUGGCAUACAAAGGCCAAGAGGGCGUCGAUCUGUGCUUGAAGCUUCUCAAUGAUGAAUUCCGACUGUGCAUGGGACUUGCGGGCGUAACGAGAGUGGACGAGAUUGGCAAAGAAUAUCUGGCAAAGAUUAAUCGUGAUGGGUUUGUUAGUAAGUUGUGAUUGCAAUAGCGGCCUGUAAAGGCAUUCUUCAACCAUCGAUUUCGUAGCAUAAUGGUACCAUAAUAC